UUGGGCUUUCCUGACGCGGUCGGCCAGACCCUGGAGUAGCCGGCGGGUGGGCAGGAUAAGGGUCGGGUAGUAGUUAAAGCAGUGGCGGCGCCCGGAGGGGUGGGUGAGGGUCGGAGGGUCUCUGAGCUAGUCAGUGAGCUCGGCGCUUGAGAACGGACGGGGAAGGCGGCCCGCGGAGCCGAAGCCCGGGCCGAGGCGCUGAGACGCGGCGGCGAGGCUGCCGGCUGGAUGGGAAGUUAAUGUUUACGGCGGAGUCCACCCAACGUUUCCAAGGUGGCGACAGACAAGGUUGCAGAAAAACUGAGUUCUACUCUCUCAUGGGUGAAGAACACAGUAUCACAUACAGUCAGUCAGAUGGCCAGUCAGGUGGCAAGUCCAUCUGCUUCAUUACACACUACAUCAUCAUCUACCACACUAUCCACGCCAGCCCUUUCACCAUCUUCCCCUUCACAGUUGAGUCCAGACGACUUAGAACUCCUGGCUAAACUGGAGGAACAAAAUAGAUUGUUAGAGACGGAUAGUAAAUCUUUAAGAUCUGUAAAUGGGUCAAGAAGAAACAGUGGCUCCUCCCUUGUAUCAAGUUCAUCAGCCUCUAGCAACCUCAGCCACCUUGAAGAAGAUUCUUGGAUUCUUUGGGGAAGAAUUGUUAAUGAAUGGGAAGAUGUACGCAAAAAGAAGGAAAAGCAAGUUAAGGAGCUUGUUCGUAAAGGGAUACCUCACCAUUUUAGAGCAAUAGUUUGGCAACUUUUAUGCAGUGCACAAAGUAUGCCAAUUAAGGAUCAGUAUUCAGAACUCCUGAAAAUGACCUCACCUUGUGAAAAAUUGAUCCGUAGGGACAUUGCUAGAACUUAUCCUGAACACAAUUUCUUUAAGGAAAAAGACAGCCUUGGACAGGAGGUUUUAUUUAAUGUAAUGAAGGCAUAUUCUUUAGUGGAUCGUGAGGUUGGUUACUGUCAAGGAAGUGCUUUUAUAGUUGGAUUGUUGCUUAUGCAGAUGCCUGAAGAAGAAGCUUUCUGUGUAUUUGUUAAAUUAAUGCAAGAUUAUAGACUUCGUGAACUUUUUAAGCCAAGUAUGGCAGAAUUGGGCUUAUGUAUGUACCAGUUUGAAUGCAUGAUACAGGAGCAUCUUCCAGAGCUCUUUGUACAUUUUCAGUCUCAGAGUUUUCAUACCUCUAUGUAUGCAUCAUCCUGGUUUCUGACUAUCUUUCUUACAACUUUUCCAUUACCAAUUGCAACAAGGAUAUUUGAUAUCUUUAUGUCUGAGGGUUUAGAAAUAGUAUUUCGAGUAGGAUUAGCGCUUCUUCAAAUGAAUCAGGCAGAACUGAUGCAACUUGACAUGGAAGGAAUGUUACAGCACUUUCAGAAGGUCAUUCCACAUCAGUUUGAUGGUGGUCCAGACAAAUUAAUCCAGUCAGCUUACCAAGUCAAAUAUAACUCAAAAAAAAUGAAAAAGCUUGAAAAGGAAUAUACUACAAUAAAAACUAAAGAAAUGGAAGAGCAAGUUGAAAUUAAAAGGUUACGCACAGAAAAUAGACUUUUAAAACAGCGCAUUGAAACAUUAGAAAAAGAAAGUGCUUCCUUGGCAGAUAGAUUGAUACAGGGACAAGUGACAAGAGCCCAGGAGGCUGAGGAAAACUACCUCAUAAAACGGGAGUUGGCCACCAUCAAACAGCAGAGUGAUGAGGCCAGUGCUAAACUGGAGCAAGCUGAAAAUACCAUCAGGAAGCUCCAGCACCAACAACAAUGGCAUAAAUGCAGUUCCAGCUACAAUGAAGAUUUUGUGCUGCAACUAGAGAAGGAAUUGGUCCAAGCCCGUCUGAGUGAAGCUGAAUCUCAGUGUGCACUAAAGGAGAUGCAGGAUAAAGUCCUGGAUAUAGAGAAGAGAAACAACUCCUUUCCUGAUGAGAAUAACAUUGCAAGGCUUCAGGAAGAGCUCAUUGCUGUGAAACUGAGAGAAGCAGAAGCUAUUAUGGGUUUGAAGGAACUUAGACAACAAGUCAAGGAUUUAGAGGAACACUGGCAGCGCCACUUAGCUCGUACUACCGGGAGGUGGAAAGACCCACCUAAGAAAAAUGCUGUGAAUGAGUUACAAGAUGAAUUAAUGACCAUUCGACUUAGAGAAGCUGAAACUCAGGCAGAAAUAAGAGAAAUAAAACAAAGGAUGAUGGAAAUGGAAACACAGAAUCAGAUCAAUAGUAACCAUCUUCGAAGAGCAGAACAAGAGGUGAUCAAUCUACAUGAGAAGGUGCAGUAUCUUUCUGCACAGAACAAAGGACUACUUACUCAAUUAAGUGAAGCAAAGCGCAAACAAGCAGAGAUUGAAUGCAAGAACAAGGAAGAAGUGAUGGCUGUGAGACUCCGGGAAGCAGAUAGCAUAGCUGCUGUGGCUGAAUUACAGCAGCACAUUGCUGAGCUGGAAAUCCAGAAAGAAGAAGGAAAGCUUCAAGGACAGCUUAACAAGUCUGAUUCUAACCAGUAUAUUAGGGAACUGAAAGAUCAGAUAGCAGAGCUGAAUCAUGAGCUCAGGUGCCUAAAAGGUCAGAGGGUCUUCUCAGGCCAGCCUCCUUUUGAUGGAAUCCACAUUGUCAACCAUUUAAUAGGAGAUGACGAAUCAUUCCAUUCCUCUGAUGAAGAUUUUAUAGAUAAUUCCUUACAGGAGAGUGGUGUUGGUUUUCCUUUGCACAGAAAAUCUGGCCCAACGUCUUUGGACACCACUGUGGCAGAUGGUAGUGAAAGCGAAACAGAAGACAGUGUGCUGGAGACCAGAGACAGCAACCAUAUGGCUCGAAAGGAGCAGCCCCCAAGAAGAGAGUCAUACUCAACCACUGUCUGACCAUCACUGUGAACUAGACUGUGGAGUUUUUUAAGGGAUCAGUUAUCAUAUGAUUAAGGGUUUUUGGAACAUAUCAGUUUCACAUGUACAUACAUAUAUACAUAUUUACAUACAUAUAUACACAUAUAUAUAUAUAUAUUUUGCUGUCUUCCUUUUUAUCUUUGCCAAAUCUUCACCACUGACUUACCAUUGCCAUAAAGUAGACUUGAAUAUGGUUAAUGGGAAAAAGAUUCUAACAGUAUUACUGAAUAUUAAUGUUUCUUGUUUAGAAAUGUAAUUAUGUCUAUAUGUGGGAAGCAUUUUCAAGUUUAGAAUGAUGGAAAAUUGAAUUUUCUUCAGACAAAACUGCUCUUGUGCAAUAUUUCAAGCUCAUUCAACAAACUGAAUAUUUACGUUUAUCAAUUUGUUUUUAUAGCAGCUAUCUACAAAUAUUUGACCAAGAUAUACAUCUAACUUAUCUUGUGUUUUUGUGUUGAGGGAAUUUUUUUUCUAGUUAAAAUUACUGUUUUAGUAGUAGGCCACUGAAAGCUUCCAGCCACAAAGCCUUUUUUCCAUGUAAUUUUACAAACACAAAUUAAUGGUCAUCUGUCUUGAGAGUUUUAAGUUUUGUUUUAAUUUCUAACUUUUAUGUGCAUAUAAUACUUCCAGGUCGUUGCCUGCUGGUCAGAGGAGUAGGUUAACUAUAAGUAAAUUGUGUUUUUGUCCAUAUUUAUAAAUCACCCAACACUGAACAUCAUUUUAUAUGGAGAAUGUAUGUGUUGCAAAAUGACUGCCUUUCAGCAUUCUAACAGGACUUCUGUAAAUAAUAGUUUAAAAGAAAAUUGAAAAUGAAACCAAACACUAAUAUUUUAAUAGCUUUAGUAUUUUGCUUAGCGUUCAACACUAGCAGAUUCAUAAGUUAACUAAUGCUUGUUCAAAAACACUAUUGGCGAUAUAUUUUACUUCAUGUGUAUAUAACUAAUAAAUUUUUCAUGAUGAAAGAGGUUAUAGCACGUAUUACUUAGUGCUAAUAUCUACUUAAUGUAUUUAAGCAAUGGACUGAUGUCCAAGAUACACAAAAAUUAUAUCUGCAAAUAAUCUACAAGCAUUAUCUUCAGAUUCUCUAGUUACUAAUCAUAGAUAAAGCCAUAAGAAUUCUUUCCUACCAGUUCUUCCUUUUUAUCAUCUAGACUUUUUUUCCUAGAAGUCUGAAUGCCUGUCGUUGAUAAAUUGGUGGAAAUACCAAAUUACACUUAGAUUGUGUAAAAAUAACAAGAAUGUGUUGACUGGAUGCUUUCCACUCUCAUUUUCAUCAGCAGCCUAUGGAAAAAACAAUAGCCUUCAAGGAUAAGAGGAAAGUAGAAUUCUGUAUAUAUGGAGAUACAACUUUGCACAAUACAUUGCAUGCAGGAAAAAAAAUGUAUAUGACAGAAUGGAUUCAAAGAGACAAAAUAGUUUUUUAUCUAAACAUAGGAGUUAAGCCUUAUGGCAUAUCACAGAUUAGGCUUUUCCAGAAAGUCUUUUGCUUGGGAAACAAGAUUGAAAAUAUGCCUGUUUUGUCCAUAUUUCCAGACUAAAUUCUAGUGAUUCAUUUAUCUAUGGUCACAAAUUCGUAAGUAGCAGAGCUAAAAUGUUAAUUGGUAUCUCUGACACCAAACUGAAAAGACCCAGCUAAUGAGUUUCUCAAUUCUCUACUUUUCUGACAAUGUGAUUGAAAUGUUUCCUGAAUAUAUUAUAGAUCUAUAUCUAUGUAUAGAUACUAGUACCAACAUUCAUAAACUCUACACAGCUUAUGAGUGUAGAUACUGUUACUAGAAUCGUCUGACUGGUGCUUUUGGGAUUCUCUUUUGGGGUUCAUUACUGUUAGCCUAGAUGCUGUUGAUGCCCAUCAACAGGUAAAAUGAGAUGAGUCAUGGCUACAUGAUUGUUUUGACCCCCACAUCAAGAAAUCUAAAUGAUCUAGACCAAGGGUCAGCAACUACAGCCCAUGAGCCUAUUCAAGCCAGCUUCCUGUUUUUACAUGACCUACAAAGUAAGAGUGGUUUUUAAUUUUUAAAUACUUGGGGGGGGUAAAUUUUAAAAACAAUAAUGUGUCACAUGAAAAUAUAUAAAAUUGUGUCAAUAUAUAAAAUUUCUUGGAGCCUCCCCCCUGGCUUAUCCAUUUACAUAUGGUCUAUGGCUGCUUUUGUGCUAUCAUGGCAGACUUGAGUAGUUAAAACAGAGACCAUAUAGCACAAACAGCCUAAAAUAGCUGCUAUCUGGCACUGUAGAGAAAACGUUUGUGGACCUUUGGUUUACAUAAUCUAAAAUGUAGGUUUACUUCUUAAGUUUGUCUUCAUAGAAGAUUGAACUCUUUGCUUUUACUGUUGAACUAAUGGUUUGGAAGCCUAAGAUUUCCUAGUGGUUCUUAAACUGGUAACUAUUCAAAAUGGAAAAUGUUCCAGCUGUUUUAUGUCAUGAAGUCUCGGAUGCCAACGACAAAUUUGGAAGGAUGUCUGUACCUUUGGAAAGAAAGGGAAGAAUUCCAGAAUCCCAGCACUGUUCUUUGAAGCAUGCAUAUUGAGGGGGUGCCUGAGUGGCUCAGUCGGUUAAGAGUGAAGCAUGCAUAUUGACCUUUAGGGUUUGCCUCAGUGAGUCAAUGUUAUAUUUUGACUUUAAAGUAAGGACCUCGUUCUAGAAUCGCGUUUGAAUUCUAAAUUGGAAAGAUAUUUUCAGAGCAUUUCUGAAGUACUAUUUUCUGGUUAGGAAUUAGGUUUUAAAAGAAUCAUGGUAAAUAAACCUUAAUCCAUUGAUAGUCUUAUAAUUUGGACAAUGAAAAAUAGAAACAACAAUCCUCUCACGCAAGAGCUUUGAUUCAAAUACUGCUUAGAAGAGUUUAAAAUCUUCCUGCUUUUUUGGAUAUAAUAGGAUACUAUCCCCUGAUUUGACAUUCAGAUUAAGACUUCUGAGGUAUUGGAAAAUGUUCUCUUGGUAGAUUUUAUUUAAUCUCUGGUACUUUGUGUCAUUUAAAUGUUACUCAGUUAAACACCUAGAGUUGACUAAUAUUCGGGGAGGAAAAAGUGAGUAAAAUAAAUAACAAACUCACCCAGAGAAGUACUCUCUUAGGAUAGCUACCUUCUUCAUGUCGUUGCCAUCUAGGUUGAAACACUAAAGGUAGAGGCUACAGGUGAUCUGAAUAAAGUGGAAACUGCAGUUGAGGUGAUGAAACAGAACUUUUAGAUCAAGCAAAUAUUUCCACAGCGUUUUAAAAAUCAUUGGUAAAUUUCUCUUCCUGAAAAAAAGCAGUCAAAGGUAAUACAUGGCACAAUUUCUACCCUGAUGGAUAUUAGGUACUUAGCGUUUGAUGAUUAAUUGAGACAUCAAGUGUCAAUUAACUGGCAGGCUGGUUUGGAAGAAGAAAAACAACUUUCUCUUAGCUCGAGCUUGCAGCUUGUUACUCUCCAGAUAGUGCCUUUGAAAACAAAGUCUAGGCCUUUUAAAGUAUUUUAUUUCUAACAUCGUAAGAAAUGAACUGGUUCCAUAUUCUCCUUUAUCUUUUACAUAAUACUUUAUAAUUUGCAGAUUUAAAGUAAAGUAUAUGAAUUGUGUUUUGGUAAAGCCCUUUCAUGGCCAGCUUGAUUAUUGCGUACUACCAGACGUCAACAGCUAAUGUUUUAUGAAAUCAGUGAUUUAUUUUAUUAAAAGUGUGCUUUAGCCUGAAAGUUCUUGCUGCCCUAUCAUUAACAAAACAGAAAGUUUUUUAAACUAAUUUUAAUUUUAAUUCAUUCUCCUGAAAUUAAAAUUCCUGGUUAGAAGUGGAGUGGAUGCUAUUUAUAAUCCAACUUUUUACAUUACUUUCAUUGAUCUUCCUAUCCUUUCUUUUCACUCCAAAGAAAAGAUGAUAGAAUAAUGCAUUAGAUACACUAUACAGAUGCACAAUUAUAAUGUUUUUCAUUUUACUGUUGGAAUUUCUUAUAACAUUGUAUGAUAACCUGAAAUGUUUACUUGUGCCUUUGCUUUAAACAGUUAUUAAAGUUUUUCAUUUU